AUGGAGUGGAAAGGACUUUGGAACUACGUGGAAAACCUCAUCCCGGGGAAGUCCCGCUCGCAGGAGAGUGUAGAUCGGGGGGACUCGACCUCGCAGGACUCUGAAGACUCACAGGACACGCCGCCCUCCCCCUGCCGCGGCCUGGCUCGGCGCUACCCUGUCAUGUCGGCGCGCAGGGGGGCAGGGGGGAAGCGAGCUUCUGACAGUGAGGAGGACGAAGAGGAAUUCGAAGACUCUGAAGAAGGAAACGAAAGAGACGAGGACGACGACGAGGAGGUUAGGACUCGUGAGAAAGCAGUUACGAACGAGGAUGAGGACGAGGACGAGGAAGGGGACAUCGACGGCGACGGCGUCUCAAGCUCUCCUUCGGAUUCGAGUGACUUCGAGGACUCGGAAGGCGUCGACACGGAAAUCGAAAACAAUACUGUGAGCGAGAACAGCGACAGCGGCAAAAAGGGCAGUGGGGCCUCUACGCCCGCCUCCACCUCUUCAGUCACCACCAAUCCUUCUUCCAACUCCACUGGUUCCGCUAACCUCUCCUCGUCCUCCACCUCGGGCUCCACCGAAUCCACCUCCAGCUCCACCAGCAGCGGGAGCGAAGAAAACAGCGCCGACGAGGAGGGACGCGACGGCAGCGAGAGCCCAGAUGAUAGUGACGGUGACCAUGAAUACGACGAAACGGAAAAGACAUGCAAGGACCCAUCACUAGCCGGGGAGAAAGACCUAUCCGUGGCUAAUGAAAUGGACCCAUCCGUGGCUAGUGAGAAGGACCCAUCCUCGGACAGUGAGAAGGACGAGGGGCAAGAUGAGACGGCGGCCGAAGGAGAAGAGAACUGGGAGAUGACUGAAGGCGAAGACAAGAUGGAAAACCCAAAGGACGCGAAGACGAGCGUGAACGUCGCGAUCUUAGCGGCAGCCAGGGAACGGAAGAAAGACGAGGCCAGGAAGGAGUGCCGGCAGGCGGACGUCAAGGGCAAGAUCAGGAAUCUGGAAGAACAUAAAGUCGAGGCGAAUGGGUCGACCGGCGGAACGACCCACGAGGACACGGAGUCGGCGGCGAAUGGGAAGCUUGAGAAAACUGAUCACGAUGGGAAUAAUGAAACUGAAGAAUCAAAUGAAGGGAAAGAGGUAGAAACUGACACGGUCAAGGAGUCUGUCACUAAAAGCACGGUCGAAGACAAGGACAAGAACGCAGGUUGUAAGAAAGUGACCUGCAGGAGAGCCGAUUCGAAGAAGGGAAGAGGUAGAGGAAAACUGGAUAAAGGGCGCAGUCAGUGGCUAGUCUCGACAGAGCAGGCAGAAAGAGGAGGGAGCCGAGAAUACGACAGGAGGAUGGAAGUAGCGACGAGCGAAAAUAGCUGUGGCGAGGAGGAAGCAGCGAAGUGCGGAAAAAACGAGAGAUGCGGUCAAGAGUCGCGUGCGGGGAAGACGGAGACUCCCCCAGCAGGCGAGGAGAGCCAGGCAGACUCGGGGAAGGAGAGCGCAGAACCAGACGGCGGGGAGGCUCGGCGGGAGGCGGAGGGUAAUGGGAGAAGGGGAGAGCGACUGCGGAGCGAAAAUUCCGAUAACGACGAAGACUUUAGCGCGGAAGAGGCGAGGGCGAGGGAUGAGGGCGAGGCGCAAGAAGGAGAUAGUGACAGUCGCCCUGCCAGAAGGACCUACGACAGGCUCAACGCAAGGUUCUCCGACAUCGCCAAGAAGAUCAUGAAAGAGGUGCAGGAGAGCAGGAGCGAGUACAGGAGGCCUCAACCCAAGCCCAGGUCCUUCAGGAGGACUUGGGAGGAGAAGGCGGAUGGGGCUUCCCACGUCACACACACCAUCGAGGAGACCACGUCGAGAAUCCUAGAGGUGUCUUCAGGGUCGAGGAGCUCGUCGCUGACGAGGAAGGAGAUCCUCGUGCGACCUGCCAACGGCGACUCCGAAACUAGGAUAUCCGUGAGCUCUUCUCGAGACACGUACGACCCCUUCUACCACGACAGAACGACCCGUAAGUAUUCCAAGUUUUCUGACAGUACAAGUAGGUUCACAAGGGCGUCCGAGGUGCCCAGGGACCCCUCAAGAUCGAGGGAGGGCAGUUCCGAGACGCUCAUCUCGUGCAUUAAAGGCUCGAAGCUUCUGAAGGCUCAGGACGACGACUCCGCUCGCGGGAGCACGUCAGAGGGCGAAGGAGACUCCCCUAGGACGACGGAGCGCGUGAGAAAACUCUCGGUGACCUUCCAGAACGACGCAAAAUCCCCUCCUCCGCCGACGUCGUCGUCCUCGUCAGAAGCUCUCCUCGAAGAACAAGGUGCUGGUGGUCGUUCUAUCGUCGCAUCUUCAUCCGUGACCAGGGGGAACGUGGAACCUGAGCCUGGUGAUCCUAAAAGCUUCGUGGCCGCGGACAUCUGCACGUCUUCCAGAGACGCUGACGUCGUUGAACAUUUAGCAGUGACUUCCGGUGACGUCACGAAACCAGUUGAUGACGUCACAAACAACAACAAAAGAACACGUAUUUAUUCUAGAAGCAGCUUGGCUUCACAUGACUCUAGGACACCGUCUUAUGAAACUCUAGAAAAUGCAGUGAACGAAACUAAAGGAAACCGCGAAACUUGGAGGGACCAUGGUCGACGCCCCAGCUAG